AUUUACAACUUAGUGAUCAAGAGUUGCAAAAUUUAACUCUUGUGGAGAUCGAGAAGUUGAUGCAAAAAAAAAGAGAAAAAGUCUAAAAGAUUAUCCCUCAAUACCGUAUCCAAAUGGAUAUAUCACGGAACAACUAGGGAAUAAGCUUAUUUAUGCAGAAAGUGAUUAUGAUACAUCCAAGUUGCGUGAGGAGUUCCAAACUUUGUAUGCUUCUCUUACCGAUGAACAGAAAGACAUAUUUGACACAAUAAUGGAAGCUGCAAAUAACCAAAAAGGCGGAGUAUACUUUUUAUAUGGUUGUGGUGGUACAGGAAAAAUAUUUAUGUGGAGGACACUAGCUUCUGCCUUACGUUCUCAACGUCAUAUUGUUUUAACUAUCGCGUCCAGUGGUAUAGCUUCUCUACUCUUACCUGGCGGUAGAACUGCACACUCUAAAUUUUCAAUCCUCCAAACUUUGUAUGCUUCUCUUACCGAUGAACAGAAAGACAUAUUUGACACAAUAAUGGAAGCUGCAAAUAACCAAAAAGGCGGAGUAUACUUUUUAUAUGGUUGUGGUGGUACAGGAAAAAUAUUUAUGUGGAGGACACUAGCUUCUGCCUUACGUUCUCAGCGUCAUAUUGUUUUAACUAUCGCGUCCAGUGGUAUAGCUUCUCUACUCUUACCUGGCGGUAGAACUGCACACUCUAAAUUUUCAAUCCAAGUUCCUACUCUAGAGAACUCUACAUGCAAUAUACAUCAAGGGAGUGAACUUGCAGAGCUCUUAAAACAGACUAAGUUGAUAAUAUGGGAUGAAGCAACAAUGGCUAAUAAAUUUUGUUUUGAAGCACUAGACAGAAGCCUAAAUGACAUCAUCAACAAUGAUGGUAAUUCAAUUUUACCAUUCGGAGGAAGAGUGGUUGUCUUUGGAGGAGACUUCAGACAAACUUUACCAGUUAUUCCUGGAGGAAGCCGUUCAGACAUUGUUAAUGCUACAAUCAAUUCUUCAUAUCUAUGGGAUGACUGUCAGGUACUGUCUCUUACUAAAAAUAUGCGACUUCAAAAUAGUUUGGAUAUGACAAGUGCUACUGAGCUCAAAGAAUUUUCAAAAUGGAUAUUGGAUGUGGGGGAUGGAAAAAUAUCAGAGCCAAACGAUGGUUAUGCAGAAAUAAAAAUUCGAGAUGAAUUCUUGAUUAAAGAAUUUGAUGAUCCAAUUGAUUCAAUAAUUCGUAGCACGUAUCCUAACUUGCUGGAGCAAUACAAAAAUGAGGAAUUUCUCAAGUCUAGAGCUGUAUUGGCAUUAACUAUUGAAAUUGUCGAUAAAAUAAACGACUAUGUUCUUUCAACGCUCCCAAGUAAUAUUAUAAAAAUGCUACCUUCCUUAUUUACUUACAAAAUAAAUUCUUAAACAAAUUUAAUAAUUAAAUUAAGACUAAUGAACUUUUAUAACUACAAGUGAAGAAAGAGAAUAUUUAAGUUGCGAUUCUGUAGACAAGUCAGAUGUAGUUGAAGACGAAGCAUUUGAAACGUUGACACCAGAAUUUCUCAAUUCCUUGAGAACAUCAGGUCUCCCAAAUCACAACAUACGGCUUAAGGUUAGGACUCCAGUAAUGUUGUUAAGAAAUAUAGACCAGUAAAGACUAUGUAAUGGAACUAGAUUGAUUGUCACAAGACUGGGAAAUCAUGUCAUCGGAGCACGAAUUAGGGCUGGGACCGGUUCGGUUCUUACUCAAAAUGAGUGGAACCGUUAUAAAAGUUUUAACUAAUGAAAUUGGUUCGGUUCCUAUGUAAAAAAUGAAGAACCGUUAUGGAACCGAACCGGUAGUAAACGGUUCGGUUCUUCCUUUUACCGGUUCCUAGAAUAAUUUUUUCUCAUCUAAGAAUUAACACAUAAUUUACUUUCUACAAACAACAUAAACAUGUCGAAAAUUCAAAAAAUGAGUAUUAGAAUUUUAUUUGAAGCUCUAAUCACUUCAAACAUCAAAGAUCAAACUUAACUAAUGAACUGCGAACACUUAAUAGAACAAAAAAUGAUUUAAAUUUUCAUGUAAUAAAUAAA